AUGUACAACCCGUUCUCUGCUUCUCGUGCCGUCGCACUGCGUCAAGGAGGAGUUGUUAGACGUGCCAUGGCCACUGCGUCGUCUUCGGCAAAGGGCAAAAGUACUAGCAAGAAAGAUUCCAACGUUUUAGAGGCAGAGAAACGACACCACAAGCCAACCCCCCCACACGAAAACGCACCAGGGUGGAACGAGGAACUCGCCACUGAGUCCGAGGCUCAUGUGAAGGCGGACCAAGCCCCUGGAACACCAAGCGACCUCCAAGCUCGUACAGUCGAACACGUGCGCACGCAACUCACCGAAGAGGCGGUGACGAUCAAUGAGGAGAAGGAAGCGACGUCGACGACGGCAUUUUAUGAGCGUGACGAAGUGACGGGGCCUCUGAAGGGUGCGGAGGGGAAAGAGGAUUUGCUGGCGGGAUAUAACAAUGCGCCGACGACGAAGAAGGAGGUGGAAGGGGUCCGGAAGACGAAGAAGAAGGGUCAAGAGGCGCGAGGCGCUUGA